AUGGCCGAGGGUCCAACCUCAGACGUGGUACGAGGAGACACCACAGACGGUUCGUCAGGAGCCGAGGGUCCAACCUCAGGAACCGAGGGUCCAACCUCAGGAACCGAGGGUCCAACCUCAGACGUGGUACGAGGAGACACCACAGACGGUUCGUCAGGAGCCGAGGGUCCAACCUCAGGAGCCGAGGGUCCAACCUCAGGAGCCGAGGGUCCAACCUCAGGAACCGAGGGUCCAACCUCAGACGUGCCAACAGAGCCUGUGGACACUUCCCACGCCACUGGUCAACCUACUCUGGACACUUCCCACACCACUGGUCAACCUUCUCUGGACACUCCCCACACCACUGGUCAACCUACUAUGGACACUGUCGCUAUCUACACUACAGAGAGCUACGCCGAACUCUUCAAGUCGGAGCCGGUCGUGUUUGGUGAAGAAGGCGCGGCACCCGGGCAAAUAGAAGAUGCUAGCGGCGUGGCAGUGUCCGCUGACAAUGAGAUAUUUAUCGCUGACGUGGGCAACAGACGCGUCCAAGUCUUCAGCAUGAAUGGCACCUUCCUCCGCCUCUUCCCAACGAAACUGCCCGGCGGGGACGACCAAGCAAUGUACCCUACCGAUGUGGACAUUGAUGGGGAGGGUCGUAUUUGGGUGGUGGGGAAAGAUAAUGUCGAAUCUAUCGGCGCUGUGCGUGUGGUACAGUACGGUACAGACGGCCUACCACUGACCACAUUUGACGUGAAACGAAGAGAUUGGUACCCCGCCAUUGCAGUGAACGCGCGCCGCAACAGAAUCAUGGUGGUGGCGCGUGGUAAACUGUUCAAGUUCAAACCAGACGGCUCGCUGGAAAGUUUCGGCAAGAAGGAAGACACCGGGCUAGAAAAGAUCACGUCGGACGGGGACGGGAACAUCCUCGCGACCGACGUCAAUCUUCCCGGGGUCCAGAUGUACGAUCACACCGGGCGGAGUCUACACUCGUUCCGUACGGCCAGCGUCGAUGGAGGUGACCCUGUAGGCAUCUGUGUGGACCCCCAGGGUCGCAUCAUGGUGGCUGACUCCGACAACGGGCGGGUGGACAUGUUCACAAGCCGCGGGGAGUUUGUCCGCAUGGUCGUGAACGUUACAGACCCGUGGGCCAUCGCUCUGGCACCGGGUGGACAGUUGGUGGUGACUGCCGCAUAUGACUUUAUCGUGACAAUCUUUCCACCGUGGAUGGUAUAUCCGGACGAGCAUUUUGUGUAGAUAUCUAAUCAACAAGCAGAUGUUUAGGUGGCGCAAAAGACAGUAUCAAAUUGGCCA